CCUCUGCACUCCUGCACCGCGGCGCGCUAGACGCAUGGAGUCCCAGGAGAAGCCCCGGGCCGGACCUCGAGACCCGGAGGCCGCCCCUAAGCGCCGCGGGCCACGCUGCCUGCGGCUGUCCAACUUCCAAGAGGAGCUGAGGGCGCUCCUGGUCCUGGCGGGCCCCGCGUUCUUGGCCCAGCUGAUGGUGUUCCUGAUCAGUUUCAUAAGCUCCGUGUUCUGUGGCCACCUGGGGAAGCUGGAACUGGAUGCUGUCACGCUCGCAAUCGCAGUUAUCAAUGUCACCGGCAUCUCCGUGGGAUUUGGUUUAUCUUCUGCUUGUGACACUCUCAUGUCUCAGACCUACGGGAGCCCCAACAAGAAGCACGUGGGCGUCAUCCUGCAGAGGGGCGCGCUUGUCCUGCUUCUUUGCUGCUUCCCCUGCUGGGCACUCUUCCUCAACACCCAGCACAUCCUGCUGCUCCUCGGGCAGGACCCUGACGUGUCCAGGCUCACCCAUACCUAUGUCAUGAUCUUCAUCCCAGCUCUUCCUGCAACGUUUCUUUAUACACUGCAGGUUAAAUAUUUGUUCACUCAGGGAAUCGUACUGCCCCAGAUUCUAACUGGACUUGCUGCCAACCUUGUCAAUGCCCUCAUCAACUAUCUGUUUCUCCACCAGCUGCAUCUUGGGGUGAUGGGCUCAGCACUGGCAAAUUUGAUAUCCCAGUUCUCCCUGGCUCUGCUCCUCUUUCUCUACAUCUUCUGGAAGAAACUGCAUCAAGCUACCUGGGGAGGGUGGUCCCUGGAGUGCCUGCAGGACUGGGGCCCCUUCUUCCACCUGGCCGUCCCCAGCAUGCUCAUGCUGUGCAUCGAGUGGUGGGCCUACGAGAUCGGGAGCUUCCUGAGUGGCAUCCUCAGCAUGGUGGAUCUGGGAGCCCAGUCCGUCGUGUACGAACUGGCCACUGUUGUGUUCAUGAUACCUACUGGCUUCAGCGUGGCUGCCAGUGUCCGCAUUGGGAACGCGCUGGGUGCUGGAAACAUCAAGCAGGCCAAGAGGUCCUCAGUCGUCUCCGUGCUAGUCACAGAACUCUUUGCUGUAGUCUUUUGUGUCCUGCUGGUAAGCUGUAAGGAUCUUGUGGGGUACAUUUUCACUACUGACCGAGACAUCAUCACUCUCGUGGCUCAAGUGGUUCCGAUCUAUGCUGUUUCCCAUCUCUUUGAAAGUCUGGCUUGCACAGGCGGUGGCAUUCUGAGGGGAAGUGGGAACCAGAAAGUUGGAGCCAUCUUUAACGCCAUUGGGUACUAUGUGAUUGGCCUCCCCAUCGGGAUUUCACUGAUGUUUACAACCAGACUGGGAGUGAUCGGUCUGUGGGCAGGGAUUAUCCUCUGCACAAUCUGUCAAGCUGUGUGUUUUCUAGGCUUUAUUGCUCGGCUGAAUUGGGAAAGAGCCUGUCAACAGGCUCAGGUGCAUGCCAAUAUGAAACGGAACAUGGCCCCGGAUGGGACUCCUCUCUCCCAGGGCUUCCUUUGCCCAGUGGGUCCUGAAAGCCAUGGAGAAAGUUUAAUGGCAGAUGUUGAAAAAGAAGACGAGACCCAGUUUGAUCAGCAGAUGCACCGAGAAGAACAUCCUCGGGUCCAUCCCAAGGACGGGACGAGGCUGACUGGGAGACAGUUGGUGCUGUGGCGAGGGCUUGUGCUCCUUGGGGCCAUUCUGGUCCUACUGGUGGGGAUUUUAGUGAGAGUUUGUGUCAGAACUUAAUGAUGUGGCAAGAGAGAAGGAGUCUGGUCAAGUGAUACUUUUGAACUCACAAGCAAAUAAUUCAUAGGUUGAAAGGUGGGAAUUUGUUUUCAGUUAAGGUCAUUCAACUAUGCCCAUGGAUUUCAAGAACUGAGAGUUCAAAGAUAUAUUGAAAGAAGAAAUGAACUAAUGAAGAAAAUGAACUAAGGUACAAAACUAUGUUCUAGUCCAAGACAAUGUCUGUGAGAUUACAUUAGAAUAGUAAUUCAUCCACUACUGUCUGAACCAAGGGCCGUUGUGUGCUGACUAUCUUCAUCCAUGGCUUCAGUGUUCUACUUGCUGGUUUUUUUUGUGUGUUUUAUUGUAUUGUAUUUUAUUAUUAUUUUUUUUUAUAGAAACCCAUGUACUGAGUGCUUAAGGAUUGUUGCUGUCUGAAUUAUUUAAAAUAUACAACUAUGUUAAAAUAUA